AUGUUUUACUCUCACACAUUUUUGGCUAGGAAGGGUCCGCUGGGAACGGUCUGGUGUGCUGCUCAUCUGCAGCACAAACUCAAGAAGUCCCAUUACAUCUCAACCAAUAUCCUCUCCACAGUCGAUCGCAUCAUGUUUCCUGAGGUGCCUAUUGCUCUGAGAAUGUCAGGACAUCUUCUACUUGGGGUUGCCCGGAUAUAUUCGAAGCAAGUUGACUACCUUUAUGAAGAUUGCCAUGUUGUACAGAUGACAAUAAAUAAGGCUUUUACUUCUGUGAACGUCAAUCUACCCGAGGAUGCAAAUCAUGCACCAUUUCACGCUGUCACUUUACCAGGAAAAUUUGAGCUUGAUGCCCUGGAAUUGGACAAUUAUUCAUGGGGUGAGAAUGAUCAUCUUAAGAGCUAUGAUGAUAUUACAUUGACAGAACAAAUUCCAACUGGGAAAGAUCCAUAUAUUGUCAUUGCUUUUGAUGAGGAUUCUCCAAGGGACGCAGUAGGGACUGUGCCAAUUGAAGAUGUUCAAGAGGACACAGUUCCUGUUUUUGAAGAUCAGCCUCCAAGAGAACACCAACUGGUUGAUGAAGGAAUUGCUGAAGAGAGCAAUCAUCCGGAUUUGUCAAGUCCUGAGUUUCAGCGAGAAGCUAAUCAUGGUUCUGAUUUCAAUUACAAUCCAAUGUUGUCUGAUCGGGUUGAUGUGGACCCAGAGAUUGUGAAUCAAAUCAGCAAAGAUAUAGAAACUCACACUCCACAUACAGAAAAGCCUGAAGAACCUUCUACAUCUCAGAAGCAUCAAGCAUCACAUUCAUAUAAUCAUUCAGAGUCAAAUAUGCCUUUUGUCCACCCAUCGCCUGAAGAAGAAAUUCGAGCAACCCCACCUGUUGCACAACCAAAAGUCAGAAAGAGGAAAAGAAAGCAGCCCUUUGACACGUCCACUGUAUUGAGCAAUGGGUAUAUGAGAAACUCACUAAAUGAUACCAGUGAUAUACGUCGCCUGAAGAACUGUCCUCGCUCUUCUCUGGACUUCUGGAAAUUAAGCAACAAAAUGAGAAAGGAUUGUGCCCUUUUUGAGCCCUUGAUAACCGGAGUAUGUGCUGAACUACGUGAUAGCUUUAAGGAAGAGUUUAUUUCUACAAAGCCUCAUUUGGUUGCCUUGCAAGAAGCUCAUGGAGGGGCUGUUGUUGAUCCUUCUCCUUUAUCUAUGCACGAUAAUGGUGUGGAAGGUGGACGUUUUCGUAAUAAUGAUUACAUAUCAACAGAGAUAAUUAUGCCUUCUUUUCCCACACCCACUACUCCAAGUCGAAGAAAUGACUUCACUCUUGACAAUGCCAAUUUCGAGUUCCAAUCAGACCAUGCAGAAACAACUGAAGGGGCUGGAACAAUGCCCAGGUCAGAUAUGGGAGCAUCUACUGGUACCUUUUAUUCUGACAUGGAAACUCCAAUGACAUUCAAUGGGGAGCAUUCAGCACUUUCUGAUAUUCCUGAGCUUGCGACUUCUGCAGGAGAACUUGGUUUUUUAGAACAAGACGACAAUUCGCCAGCUGGAUCUCCAGGAACCCCAAAAGUCGGGUUCCUCUCGAAAAAUCAGGGGACUCCUGAAGUGCAUACCUUGUCUUCUCGAACAAGAGCUUUGGCUCAAUAUCUAAAAAGACAGGCCUCAGUAACCCCAGUCACAGGCAACUCAGAAGGGUCAUCUGGAGAUCUCAGUUUGCUCAAGAUUUUGGAAGGCAAACCGAGAAAAAUAUGUGCUCGAAUGUUUUCUGAGACCUUGGUUUUGAAGAAUUAUGGACUCGUGGAUGUACAUCAAGAAAAACCUUAUGAUGAUAUUAAUCUGAAGGUGACUCCUAAACUCUUCAAGGAGCAAUUCUCAGGCUAA